UCAUGUGACCAUCUACUCCGUCAGGUGACAUCUUCAUGUAAAUAACUGUUUUCGCGAUGAGCAUGAGAAUAUUGUAGACCAGAAUUUCCAUAUUAACUUUGAGCCGGUAUAAAGUUGUAGAAAUGGAAAUAAACAGGAGAAAAAUUAUCAAAAAGACGCAGAGAAAACUAUCAAAUUUAGUCGGUAAGUUGGAUAAAGAAGAGCCCGGAAUUCGAGCGUUGUUUGAAUUGAGUGCGAGCUGCGUCUUUCCAGCGGGAGCUGUGGAAACCGAGCCGGCAGAGACGGCAGACACGAUGAGGUUGUUUAGCCCUGCGAGCGAGCCUCCCGUUCCCAAGAAAGGGCGACAGACAUACCGAAUGUGGAAGGCGAUGGUAGAACUCGACUCAUCGCCAUUCGGAAAAUCUAGACUGACUGAAAAGAUGAAAAGGCUUCGCUUUCUUCCCCUCGAAAGAUACAAUGUUGGUCCCUUCAACAUCGAUGGAUUAACAUCCGGCAUCACAGAAUUUCUGUUUUUAUUUUUGAAGGCUUUCUUCCCAGGGCUGGAAAUCACUUUGGAAAGUCCAUAUGACAUCUCGCAAAUGGAUCCAAUUAGCCGCUACCAUAAGUUAACCCAUAAGAAACAGUACCUCGUCACAGAUGUAUACACCAGACUUCAUAGAGCCACAGAUUCUAACAGGAAGGACUACAUACUCGGGCUAACUUGGACUGACCUUUACCCCUCAGAGGACCUGAACUUUGCCCUGGGAGAAGCCCUCUACAGUCACCGUUGUGCAGUCUUCAGUUUUGGGCGAUUUGAACCACUUUUACACAAUGAGAAUGACAGAGAUAUUGCUCCCAAAGACAUUGAUACGUCUGCAGUCGUGUCGAAUUCCUCAGGGGAAGGCUGCUGCGAAGAGAAGUCGGGGUGCGGACGGAGCUUUGCGUCAGACGAGAAACAAACGUUAGGAUGUGCCGAGGAGAGCAAGGCAGGGAAAGCCAAGGAAAGGGAAUUACCCCAUCAUUCAAAAGACGUGUCACUGGAUCAAGAAAAGAAAGAUGGAGAAGAUGAUGUCUUACAAAUAAAUGCUGAUAUCCUUUGGAAAAUGAUGAGGGUUUCAAGCCAUGAGGUAUGUCAUUUAUUCGGCCUCUCCCACUGUGUCUUCUUCCACUGUGCCAUGAAUGAAAGCAAAUCUGUCACCGAAGCUUUGAAACAACCUCUCUACCUAUGUCCUGUAUGUCUUCGUAAGCUUCAGAAGUUCUUCAAUUUCGACAUCCCUGCCCGGUACCGACAGAUCCAGGAUGUAUGCCUGAAAGUUCAAAGGUCGUAUCCAUCAGAGAGGAUUGCGGAGACAAUUGAUUGGUUAAACAGAGUACAAGAGUUUUUGUCAACUGAUUGAAUUUCUGCAGUCUCAAUAUUACAUGUACCUAAAGUUGUAAAUCAAAAAGAUUACCGGUAAGUAUAGAAAAGUAAUAUAUUCAUUGUAAUUUGUUAUUUAUUUAUUUAUUUGUUUUAAAUUAUUUAAUCGUAAUAAUAUAAUGCACUUUAGUGUGCCAUAAUAUCUUGUAAAACUAUUCAGUCCAAUUU